ACAUAUGUAUAGCCAAAAUCAUGGUGGAGAAUGGGAUAGACGCAAGGUUGGGUCUUGGGAAGUCUGAUGGGUUUGGUGACUUCGAAGUAGUGGUUGAUGGGGUGUCAUUGAGGUGGAAUGUAGUGGUGGAGGAAAGGAUAGUUGAUUUGAGAAGGGUUUUAGAUUUAGGGAGGUUGGCAAUGGCGGAGAGAGGGAGGAGUAGGAGAAAGAGAAAAAGAGGGCGGAAAGUGGAAGCCAUGGAUGCUGGUUAGGAUUUUUGGCGGGGGGGUGUUCAUCAUCUCUCAACAGUAUGUGUACCGUUUUCCACCAGUAAUUAAAAUGUCAAGAAAUAAAGACCGGAAUGCCAACGAAUUUCAAUAGUUUCCCUUCUGUUUUUGUGGUUAUGCUAUCCCAACAUUUAAGGCAUUGGCAACACCUAACCCCAAGUAAUGGGGCUGUCCAUCCAAAAUGUUACCAAGCAAUGGAAUGAAUUCAACAUCAUAAC